AUGCAUAUCCGUGAUAUCUACGACGCUGUUUUUCCCAUUUUAUUCACAACAGCAUGUUUCGGUCUAUCAUCAAUACUCACAACAACCCAAAAUAACAUCCGUAAAUUAAAAAUUUUUAACAUACUACGAAUCUUAAAUAUUAUAUACAUUUCUUUAUUUACCUACUUAAUUUAUCGUGCUGUUUCCGACUUUAAAACACAGCAACUUCACUCCAGCUACGCUUCAGGAGUAUCGAAAAUCGGAAUUAUAUUUCAACUUCUGGCACAAAUUUUACUAAUAUACGUUAUAUACACUGUGAAUAUCUCAAAAAGCGUCAACGUACUGUCUUCGAUAGAGGAUAUUAAGAAAAUUGAUGCAGUUUUUCAGGACUUAGGAGAAACCAUAAACUACAAUACACAUUUUAUGUACGAAGUGGUAGUUAUUUUGGUCGGUUGCGGUGCAAUUUUAGGAAGAGCCGUGAUCACGCAUUUGUAUAUGAGUAAAAGUGUAUUUUCAACAAAUGGGACUCCUCACCUCAUACUUUCAUAUCCAUCGUUUGUUUCUUACAUAAUUCAGAACAAUUUCGUUUUAUUGGUUAAGCUUUUACAUGAAAGAUUUAACCUAAUUAACAAACUCUUGGAACACUUGAUUGAAGAAAAAAUGUCAGAAAAUUUGACUAAAAUAAAAGUUUCACAAGAAUAUCAACUGAAACAUGGACUUAAAAGAAUCGAACUUUUAAUGGAACUUCAUGACUGUUUAACUGACGUAGGAAAUAAAGUAAAUGAUACAUUUACUAUUCAAAUAUUGAGUUGCUUUACUGCGCAAUUUUUGACUGAGGUGUUUACUAUUUUUUACGUGUAUUACGAAAUUUUGGUUUUAAAGAAUAAAGUUUCUGCCUUGAUAUGGUCAAUGUGGACAUUAUGGACAACUCUUGAAGUGUUUUUAGUAACAAUCACUUGUCAUUUAACAUGCAAAGAGAGUAAAAGCGCAGGAUUAGCAAUCCAUAAAGUACUCAUGAUUGAAUAUGACCCUUACAUAAAAAGAAAACUGAUGAUAUUUUCUCAACAAAUUUGUCACAGACCUCUGCAAUUUACAGCUUGUGGGCUAUUUUCCAUUGAUACUUCACUCAUCUUCACUAUUGCUGGGGCUGCAGCCACAUAUUUAUUAAUAAUGUUACAAUUUCAAGAAGGAAUUGAAGCACAAUGUUCAAAUAUUACCGUGCGUUAUUAGGUUCUAUUUUAAAAGUGCAAAAACUUAGGCAAUUA